AUAGCAUUUCCGUAAUUAUUUACAUUUUAAAAUAUUUAAAAUGUUGAAUUUAUUUAAAUAUAAUUGUCAUAACAGCUUUAUUCGCGGGAGGGCGCUUCACAGCACUGAAACACAACCGUUAAGGCACUCUGUAAAACAAUUUUCCAGUAAACGCAUUUGGUCACACUUCAACGCGAGUAAGAUGGAAAAUUUCAAGUUUUAGGCAUAUUUUCGAACUUUUUAUACGCAGAAAGGGCCCAAGGAUGCCGUUUUAUUACCACAACUAGCACACCAAAACACACACAAACGAUGACGUCGCGCAACCUGACGGAGGUGUUCGUCAUCAUGCGCAACAAUGCCUCCAAGAAUCGCAGUCACUAUGAUGAUCGGCGAGGCAGCGAUGCGGAGCGACUGCUAAAGCACUCGGUUCGCGAGGCAGAGGAGGGUCUAGAGCUGCAGGACGACUAUGGGACGCCGCCCACCUGGCUGGACAAGUUCGAGGAGGCGCAGUACACCAUGUCCAAAAUCAAGCCCAAACUGGAUGAGCUGGGCUCCCUGCACGCCCGCCACCUGCUGCGUCCCGCCUUCGAUGACAAGCAGGACGACGAGUGCGACAUCGAGGUGCUAAGUCAGAACAUCUCCAAGCUGAUCACAUCCACACACCGGCACAUCCAGUGCGUGCGCUCCAGCCUGGGCGUGGGCAGCAAGGUGGAGCAGCGCCUAACCGCCAAUGCCGUGCACUGCGCCCUACUGCAGCUUCAGGAGCUGACUUUCAAGUUCCGCGCCAGCCAGAACGCCUAUCUGAUGCAGCUGAACUCGCGCGAAGAGCGCUCGCAGAAGUACUUUGAUGACGGCGGCGGCGCCGGCGAUGUAUUCACCAACGUAGAGCUAGGCGAGCAGGGCGGUGUCAACAAUUUUGUGGACUCCUUCGACAACUUCCUACAGCCUGCAGUCAACGGAGGUCUGACUGCUGCUGGCAAACUGGGGGGCGGCAAUGCUUACCUAUUUGAGGACGAUGAACAGGCAAUCGACGAUCACUUUCAGCGUCCGCCAACCAGCCGGAUGACCCAGCAGCAGCUGCUGCUCUUCGAGGAGGAGAACACUCGUCUGGCGCAGCAUCGCGAGGAGGAGGUGACCAAGAUUGUAAAGUCCAUAUACGACUUGAAUGAUAUCUUCAAGGAUCUAGGACAUAUGGUGCAGGAGCAGGGCACUGUGCUGGACCGCAUCGACUACAAUGUGGAGCAGACGCAGACGCGCGUCUCCGAGGGAUUGCGGCAGCUUCACAAGGCGGAGAUGUACCAGCGCAAGAAUCGCAAGAUGUGCAUCAUUCUGGUCCUGGCAGCUGUCACCUUCUUCAUGCUGCUGCUGCUCAUCCUCACCAAGCUCUAGCUCGGCCAUUCCAGGCGAUAUCUCCAUGUCGUUCUCGUUUUUGUGUGUGUGUAUAUUGUAAAUGAAUGUAUGAUUAAAAUACAUGUUAUAUUUAUUA